AUGUCGGCCUCCUUCCCGACACCGUGCGCCCAACCGGUACAACAGAUCGAAGCCAUCCGACUGAUAAUCGAGCAUUUCUCUGACUCACCCUCCGAAUCGACAGGUUGUGUGUCAGAGACGCGGAAUGAGCUGACUUUGCUUCUGAAAGUCCUUGGCGACAUUGAGGCACAGCUAUCAAAAUGUCAAGAUCAUGGAAGCUCAAAGCUGGCGAGCAAACUCGAAGAGUGUCACUCUUGUCUAUUGGGUUUGAAAAAGCUCCAAGAAUCCGGCGAGGAAUAUGCAUCACAAGGUCCUUUGAUCGAAAUUCAAGGUCAAUUGUCGGAAUUGAUAUUUGAGUUCAGUGUGAUAAAUGCGGACCUAGCGAUAUCUUACCAUGCUGAAAUUGACCGCCUACUGCAAAAAUAUAUUGAAGAGCGGAUUGACGAAAAGCGUGCCGAUGGAGUUAUUUCUCCAGAGUUAAAUGGUGAAACAAACUUGGUUGACGUGCACGGCAGAUGGCAAGUGUUGCAAAGCGAGCUGCAAGAGUUCGGUAUCACAACUCAGCAGUCUGCCCAAGAACGCGAUUAUAUUACCAAAGCCAUUCAAAAAGCCGUGGACGAGAAAAAGAACCCGGCUGCAAGUUUUCCACCGCCCUCCGUGGAACCUCUUUCCAGUUCAUCGAGUCUAGCUCAAAGAAACACAGAUCAAGCCCAUGGGGCUUCCUUCCAGUCACUGCCCGAAGGCAUUUCAGAGAACAAUUCAACGCCUGGAGAAAUCACAAAUAUUACUCCGUCGGCGACAGAACCAUUUACUCGAGGCAAAAGACCCAGUUUGUUUAAACGGAUGACGUUCAAAAUGGCAGGCGACCAAGACGAGCUUUUCUCCUUAGUCAAAACGGGCGACCUGGAACCGAUCAAAAAAGCGCUCAGCAAAGGUGCGAAUGUCAACAAGAAAGACUUAGAUGGACUUACAGCACUGGCCAUAGCCAGCUCCUGCGGCUACCAACAAGUCGUAUCCAUGCUCCUUGAGCACAAAGCCAAGACCGAGAUCAAGGGGAAGAACUCAGAAACAGCCCUCUUCCUAGCGGCCCAGAAAGAUCACGAAGGCAUUGUCAAGCUACUGCUACUGAAUGGGGCUAAUCCAGAUGGUCCAAAUGUCCAAGGGAAAACGGCCCUCUCUCAAGCCGUGACAAAUGGAAACUUGAGCAUCGCCCGUCUGUUACUGGAAAAGGGGGCUACCCCCGGUAUACUAUGUGCAAAUGGCGACACGGCUAUUACCAGUGCUGUUGUGAACGAUCACAUAGAGAUCACACAACUCUUGCUCAAUCAUGGCGUUCCAGCAGAUCAGAUUGGGCUUUCUACUAGGACGCCGCUUUUCAAGGCUGUGAUGAAUGGGAAUGUUAGGAUGGUCAGGCUUUUGAUGGAUCACGGAGCGAAUCCGAACUUUCUGGAUAAAAAGGGCUGGUCGGCUAUAAGAGUGGCAGUGGAGACUGGGAAAGAUGAUAUCGUGGAGAUUUUCCAUCAGUACGGCCAUGUGUAUGAGCCUCAGAGAUUGGGUAUUGUAAGGAUGGCUGGCGCAGAGGGGGCAGUGAGUCUCCUUACUGGUAUUGGUCAAAUGAUUUGA